AUGGCGUCAAGUGCCAAUGGCUUCAAGGUGCUGCUCAUGGGGCGUGCGGGAGCCGGAAAGACCUCGAUGAAAUCCAUCAUCUUCGCCAACUACCACUCCAAGGACACGAAGUUGCUGCAGCCGACGAACCACGUGGAGCACAAUUCGCUCCGAUUCCUGGGGAACCUGCGGCUGAACCUCUGGGACUGUGGAGGCCAAGACCAGUUCAUGGAGAACUAUUUCGAGUCGCAGAGGGAGAAUAUCUUCCAGCACUGUGAGGUGCUCAUCUACGUCCUUGUGGCUGUCAGGGAUCAGCACACGCAAGUGGACGAGCGGAAGAAGGACAUCGAGUACUUCAAAGCGGCGUGUGCUUUGGCCUCAGUCUGGGGGAUCCUAAUCUAA